GAAGAGGCACCCGGCUCCCUCGGCUGCACCUCUGCAGUUCUCUUGCAAAAGAGGAAGCAAGUGCAAAUACUGCAAAGUUAUUUUCUGCAAUACAGUGGAUACAGUUUGUUAUGGCUACUCUGAGUGUUAUAGGUUCAAGUUCACUUAUUGCCUAUGCUGUAUUCCAGAACAUACAGAAAUCUCCAGAGAUAAGGCCACUCGUUUAUCUGAGCUUCUCUGACCUCCUCCUGGGGAUAUACUGGCUCAUUGAGGCACUUCUCUAUGGAACUUCAGCAGCCAAUAAGGACAUUGUCUGCUAUAACUUGCAAGCAGUUGGACAGAUAUUCUACAUUUCCUCAUUUUUCUACACUGUCAAUUACAUCUGGUACCUGUACAAAGAGCUGAGGAUGAAACCCCACCAGAGUGGACAGAGCACAGUUCCACUGGUUAUAGGUUAUACCUGUCGAGUUAGUCAAACAGCCAUCAUUUUGUCAAGCCUGAUACCUCUACUAUUGAUGAUACCUGUAUUCUGUUUGGGCAAUGCCAGUGAAUGUUUCCGCAACUUCAGCCAGAGCCACAGGUGUAUCCUGAUGUACUCACCACCAACAGCCAUGGCUAAAGUCCUGCCUUCUGCCAACACAUCAGUCUGUAGCACACUUUAUUUUUACGGGCUUAUCAUUUUCCUGGCCAGCUUUCUACUCAGCCUCCUCACCAUUGUGGUCUUACUCAUUCAAGCCCAGACACUUUAUAAGAAGUUUCUGAAAUCGACUGGCUUUCUGGGGAGUGAACAGUGGGCAGUGAUUCACAUUGUGGAGCAGCGAGUACGCUUCUACCCAGUGGCCUUCUUUUGCUGCUGGGGCCCAGCUGUCAUUCUGAUGAUCAUAAAGAUGACUAAGCCACAGGACACCAAACUUCACAUGGCCCUCUAUGUUCUCCAGGCUCUAACAGCAUCAUCUCAGGGUCUGCUCAACUGUGGAGUAUACGGCUGGACACAGUACAAGUUCUACCAACUAAAGCAAGAGGCUCGGCAUGAUGCAGACACCCAGACACCAUUAUUAUGCUCACAGAAGAGAUUCUAUAGCAGGGGCCUAGAUCCAUUGGAGUCUACCAUUGCUUUUGCUACUAGCACCUCCACCAUUCUUUGAAACUGUAGAAUUGGAACAUCCAGAACUGGAAUGAUUCUACACUAAUGGUUUGGGAAGAGUGUUUGGGAAGAACAUCUUAAGUCUUUUCUAACCGUGCCUUAAACUACGGAAGUGAAAGGGAAUGUAGUGCCAUGGUUAGUAGCUACUCUAGGUGAAGUGGGUGGGAUCUAAUCAUUAUUCUCAGAUUCAGAAGUAAAGUCACUAUUCAGGGAGAUGAAACCACUUUCCACCUAAGAGAUAGACUCAUAUUAUUUCAAUAAAUAUUAGAUUUGUCUAAGUCUCUUCUACAAGAAAUAAAUUCCAAGUUAUUAUUUAUAUAAAGUAUUUCCAAGCUCUCUACUCCAUGGUUGUGGGGGAAGUAGUGUGGCAUGCAACAACUUUCUCAGGUCUUCACAUUGCUAUUACUCUCCUUUUGGUUGUACAAAGUCUUGGGUUUACAUUCUUUGAAGAGUUUUGGAAACUCAGAAGAAGCAAGGACAGAAGCUGUCAAAAAAAGUGAUAGUGGGGGGGCGCAGUGGUUAAGAAUCUGCCUGCCAAUUCAGGGGACACGGGUUCGAGCCCUGGUCGGGGAAGAUCCCACAUGCCGCGGAGCACCUAAGUGUGUGCGCCACAACUACUGAGCCUGCGCUCUAGAGCCCGCGAACCACAACUGCUGAAGCCCGCACUACCUAGAGCCUGUGCUCCACAAGAGAAGCCACCACAAUGAGAAGCCCGUACACCGCAAGAAGAGUAGCCCCUGCUCGCCGCAACUAGAGAAAGCCCGCAUGCAGCAAUGAAGACCCAAUGCAGCCAAAAUAAAUAAAUUAAUUAAAAAAAAAAGUGAUAGUGGGAUCCUCAUACACACCACAUCCUAGUCUCUUACAUAUUCCAUGCCAUUCUAGGCCUUAACAAUAGGAAGCUUCCUGCUCCAGAAAAUUAAGGCCAGUCUUUUGAAGUUACCGUGGAUAAUAAGAUUUAAGAGAAAUCAGGACCAAAACUCUGAAUCAAAAACUUCUCAACUCUCAUUUAUAAGCAAAAACCCAAGGUAGGUUUCAUAGUGCUUGGACGUAGAAUUAGGUUGAACCACGUAGAAUUAGGUUGAACCAUAUGAACUUGCCAUUUUUGUAGGUGAAAAUGGUCUAAUAUCAUCAAUUUUACAUGGUUCAAUCUGGCUGUAAGUGCUAAAUAUAUGUUUAUUGAAUGAAUGAACAGAUGAAUGAAUGACUAACAAGUAGAAUUUAACCUUUGGGGAAAGAAAAGAUUCCCACACUGAAGAGGCUCAUUCAUGGGUAGGAAUGUUUAAUGUUUCUUCCUCUUUAGUCACAUAACAAGUGAUGUUUGGUCUCUCCAGUUAAGUCAUUAACAAGGCCAAACUGAGACCAGGGCAUCAGAUACUGUGAUGCCAAAACAAAGGGGAAAGCCAAAUGGACAAAAACUGGAAUGACAAUCAACUAAAACAUCUGGAACUAAUAAUCAGAUGUUUUUCACCUGAUAAAUUCCCUUCGUCAGUGCAAGGCAAAAUCCUUAAGGUUAGAGAAAAUUGACAGGGUAGAUUAUAAUGGGGCAUUAGACAGUAUACUCUGAAAAGUAAGUUCCAGAGAUCUUUCCAAAGGAGUUCUCAAUAGAAAUGUUAGGGAGCUCAAUAAUAGCUCUUUAGGUUUUAGGCCAUGAGCUUCAGCCUUACUAUGGAUGGUAACCUGACUUCACUAUGUCAAGAACACAUCUUGAGGCCUCCCAAGAUGUAUAGCACAGAUUACUGGGUAGCACAGAACAAGAAAGAUUGCUUUACCUAGAGAGCUGCUUUAACUUCUUUUAAUUUAAAAACUAAUAAGAAUUCAGCAUAUAGAAAGACAGAUGGAAGCAAGAUUCUCAUUUCCGUAGACCUUGAGGAACACCAGAAUUAAGGAGUCCAAUUCUUAAAAUGUCCUAUCGGUAUCACUUCAUAUUUGACUUUAUUACCAGAAAGAAGAUAAUUAUCAAAUGUAUGUCAGGUUUGUUCAUCUUGCUUCUCUGAUGAAUUUUUUGCAUUGACACUGGUCUUAGAUAUUCUAUAGAUGUAGGCAAACAAAAAGAUAGUAGGAAUGAAAAAUAAUAAAAUGUUAGGCAAGAUUGGGAUUAUCAACUCUUCAUCAUACUGAGAGUAGGAGGGCCACUAUUCAAACUACGUAACCCUUGAAUUCACAUGUAGGAGGGGCAUAGACAUAGAUACAGUGGCAGUUCUUAAAAUUUCUGCAAAUACCCCUCCCAUGACUCCAUGACUUGUCCAGUUUAUGGUCAUAGUGGAGUAUAGUUGUAUCUAUGCAGCUUUGAUUAAUACAGAUCUUCCUUGAACCACAUGUUGUAUCAUCCUUCACCUCCUCCUCAUCAGCCCAGUCUGUAGCUUCAAAAAAUCUCUGCACCCCAACACCACGUGUUCUGCAUGGGGAACUGGGUGUUUGAUGUUUUUCAAAGCAUAGGAGCCUUUGGAUGUUUUCACAUAGCAGCCUCCCACUUUUUAUACCUUUGGCCUUGCACUUGCUGAAGACUUUAAAUAUCCCUUUAGAUUCACUGCCACAGUUUCCAAACCUGUCUCCCUUGGUAUUCAUUAAUGUUAGCAACUUUUCUGGGCAACCUUUGUGCCCUUUUCAAAGAUUUUAACACAGAGAUUCUCUAGGCUUCAACCCCAGCCUUGGCAACAAUAACCUUGUUCCUUGCAAGGAGUGCCAUCUUGCUUGUAGGUAUCCGUGUGGCAGCACUUGGGGGUGCCAUUACAGUAUUCUGGGAGGUCACACUUAUCCACACUGAGGUGGCAAGUUGUGGUUGCUUUUAGAGAUUUGCGGUUUUUGCAGCAAGAUCCAAAUGCAUAAUUUAAACCCUUCCUCAGCUGGCAUGAGGGCAGACAACAGUGAUCCUUUUGACAGUCAAAAACACUGCCAUAGUCAAAUUCUUCUCCUUUAUCUAAUAUCUUAUUCCCACAAUAUGGCUUUCAAAAGGAGUUUUGGAGCUCAGUUCUAUUAAAUAAGCAGCCCUCUCUGUACUUAUGCAACAGCUGGUGGAAAUAGUGGAAGCUGCAGUUGCUGAAGCCCAUAUCUACAGUAAUAAAUUCAUGCAUAGUACAGAGGUGCUGGCCAUGGAACUUGCAGGCCACAUGGUCAUGCUUCAUUCCCAAGUCAUGGCCAACCUCAUGAGCUAUGAAAGCUGUGAAAUGUGGUGUAUCUUCAUGAAAGAAAGAUUCAGCACUGGUUGCAUUCUUGGCAGUGCAGAUAACACUGAGAAAUGCAUGGUCCUCAUACUUCCCAAGAAUUUGGCCAAUAAUCACAUGAGCAGCAGCAUGUUUCACCCCUCUCAAGAGAUACCAGUCUUUCCAGUGUUUAAAAUUUUGAAGUGUUUCCUGCAAAUUCAGGAAGAUUUUCACAAGAGUUUUCUCUAUCCAUAUCCCUAACCCAGAAAGCACCGCUUUCACAUUAUAUCCUUCGUGUACCUGUUGACCAGAGCAUGAACAUCUAUUAACAUCUUUGUGGUCUUGGUAACAUAUUAUUCCACAUUUGGAAUCACUUAUUGUCAACCACAGUUAACUUGUACAUACUUGGGAAGUGGCCACAUAUAGGGCAUAGGAACUGAGGAAGGUUCUAUUUUUCUCUGAAAUUGUGAAGUGCUUAAGAGCUCCUCUUGUUUAUCUCCACGGAUUACACAAGACUCACCUGAUUUUAAAGAUAUGCUGUAAACCAUAUGCUCAAUAUAUAUAGGCUUGAUACCAAAGACAGUGCCAUCUAAGGUCAGGAUUCCCUUUUGCCCUGAGCAAGUGCUGAUUGUCACAAAAGAAUCCAGGUCAUCCUCUGAAUACUCAGUCAUCCUGAAUAAAAGCAAAACUAGUUUCCCAUUUUGAUGUGUAUAAACAGGGAACUUCUUGACAAAUAAUUCUUUCUUUUGCUUCAACUUAAUAGUAUGCCAUUUUCCUUGUUUGAACAGGACAUUGGACACCUUUUCUGCUUUUUCUUCUAGUUCUCUGAACAUCAUCAGGUUCCUAGGGAAGACUGUUUCAUAAUAAAGAGAUUCCCACUACAGUGCAUCCCUGGAAGAAUAGUCACAAUUACCAAUAAAGUGACAUGCAGCUUAAUAUGGGAAGGGCCCUUUCUCAAAUGCCCUAAACGGCAUUCCUUGAAGAAACAUCACUCCAAACCUUAUCCAUGACCACUUGAUUUCAUAGAAGACAAGACAGGGGGCAGGCAAAGUAACUAACUGGGGUUGUCAUUGUCAUGGCCCAAGUGAAACAGGAAAUGAUCCCAGACCUCUGUCUGUGAGUUGUCUUCCCUUGGACCCAGAUCUUUGUCAGUGACACAGUUGUUUGGCCAAAGAUCAAAGCUAUGCUGCCUGCCAGAAGGAUAGCUGCUCCCACCCUCAGAGUAUUACAUGAUGACACCUACCUUUUGACUAUGUCUCUUCCUACUUCUCUUGAGCUCUCUCUCUUCUGGAGUGUCCUUACUUUGCAACCACCCUUAAAGAACAACAGUUUUAGUGCUUCUUAGCUGAGCUCCUACUGUCUUCAUAGAGGAGUAUACCAAGGAGAGGAAACUUUCAGAGGCCCAGCCAGUACAACGAGCCAGGAUCAGGCCCCAAGGAAAGAAAAAUAUAUAACCUCUUCCCUUAGUCCCAGUUCCCAUGGAACAGCCUUCCGCUCCUGUCAUCCAGUACUCUUUUGAGUCAUUGAAACUUAAGUUCCAGAGCAGAGGUUUGUGGAUUUCUGGGUAGGUCACAGGCCUCUGCUGUUUAAUGCCUUUUGCACCAUUCCCUACUCUGUACCAUACAGCCCAUUUCAAACGUCCCAUCCUUUUCCUUUUUUUUUUUAUUAUUCACAAUAUGUUUGUUUAUUUGCUCAAUCCUAGAAUACAUGUAAAGUAUUUUUAGAGUAACUAACCCAUGCCUCUGUGAAAAGCAAAUAUAUGAACUGUAGAACGGUGUUUAUUGGGUUGGCCAAACGGUUCGUUCAGAUUUUUCUGUAAGAUGGCUCUAGUAGUGCUUAGUUGUCUCUAACUUCAUUUGAAACAAUUUUGGUAGAUUGUAUCAUGACAGCUGUCAUAUCAGCAUGCAUUUAAAAAAAUCUUAUCAAAAUUGUUGAAUUUUUGUAUAGCCAUUUUGAUAUUGAAGAUGUAAGAAAAAAACCAACAUUUUCGGCAUAUUAUGCUUUAUUAUUUCAAGAAAGGUAAAAACACAACUGAAAUGCAAAAAAAUAUUUGUGCAGUGUAUGGAGAAGGUGCUGUGACUGAUUGAAUGUGUUAGAAGUGGUUUGCAAAGUUCCGUGCUGGAGAUUUUUUGCUGGAUGAUGCUCCAUGGUCAGGUAGACUAGUUGAAGUUGAUAGUGAUCAAAUUGAGAUAUUAGGGACUUCCCUGGUGGUCCAGUGGCUAAGACUCCGUGCUCCCAAUGCUGGGGGCCUGGGUUCGAUCCCUGGUCAGGGAACUAGAUCCCACACACUGCAACUAAAAGUUCGCAUGCCUCAACUAAAGAUCCCGCAUGCUGCAAUGAAGAUCCUGCAUGCUGCAACUAAGACCCAGCACAGCCAAAUAAUUAAUUAAAAUAUUUUUAACAAAUCGAGACAUUAACUGAGAACAAUCAAAGUUAUACCACAGGAGAUAACUGACAUACUCAUAAUAUCCAAAUCAAGCGUUGAAAAUCAUCUGCACCAGCUUGGUUAUGUUAUUCACGUUGAGGUUUGGGUUCCACAGAAGUUAAGUGAAGAAAAUCUUCUUGACCGUAUUUUGCAUGCGAUUCUCUACUUAAACAUAAUGAAAACGUUCUGUUUUUAAAACAAAUUGUGACGGGUGAUGAAAAGUGCAUACCAUACAAUAAUGUGGAGUGGAAGAGAUCGUGGGGCAAGUGAAAUGAAUUACCACCAACCACACCAAAGGCCAGUCUUCAUCCAAAGAAGGUGAUGAUGUGUAUAUGGUGGGAUUGGAAGGGAGUUCUCUAUUAUGAGCUCCUUCCAGAAAACCAAACGAUUAAUUCCAACAAGUACUGCUCCCAAUUAGACCACCUGAAAGCAGCACCUGACGAAAAACAUCCAGAAUUAGUCAACAGAAAAAUGCAUAAUCCUCCAUUAGGAUAAUGCAAGACUGCAUGUUUCUUUGAUGACCAGACAAAAACUGUUGCAGCUUGGCUAGGAAGUUCUGAUUCAUCUGCCGUAUUCACCAGACAUUGCACCUUCGGAUUUCCAUUUAUUUCGGUCUUUACAAAAUUCUCUUAAUGGAAAAAGUUAAUGGAAAAAGUUUCAAUUCCCUGGAAGACUGUAAAAGGCACCUGGAGCAGUUCUUUGCUCAAAAAGAUUAAAAAGUUUGGGGAAGAUGGAAUUAUGAAGUUGCCUGAAAAAUGGCAGAAGGUAGUGGAACAAAAUGGUGAAUACGUUGUUCAAUAAAGUUCUUGGUGAAAAGGAAAAAUGUGUCUUUUAUUUUUACUUAAAAACCAAAGGAACUUUUUGGUCAACCCAAUAUGUUCAGUUCUUUAGCCUGACAGUAUGAGGUUGCAAUAAUGUUUCCCAAAAUUAUUUAGAUUGGUACUUUUCUAUCCAGACCUAUUCAGUAUGGUCAUGUUAUUCAUUUUUAAUUCAGUUAGGGUCAUAUGUUACUGUUUGUAUUUCAUUCUGGUUUGCCCCCACAUUUGGGAUAUUGCUGAUGAUUUGGAGGGAGUAUGUGAAAUGUUUCCAUGAUUCUAAAAGUCAGUACUAUACAAAAAAGUGUAUUCAAAGCCUUUAACCUGUUCCCAUGUCCUUAUUCUUUCCACCCACUUUUCAUUCAUCAAUCUCAAUAGUACUUGGUUUAUUUUUCCUGUAUUUCUUUCUGUACAAAUAAGCAGAUACAUAUAUAUUUCCUUGUAUCCCCUUUUUUCUUAUGUAAAUGUAGCAUAAUAUUUUCCACUUUCCUUUCUAAACUUAAAGAUACAUCCUGUAAAUCACUCCAUAUCAGUUUAUAGAAAUAUUCCUCAUUCUCUCUUUUUUAUAGCUACAUAGUAUUCAGUUUUAUAGAUGUACCGUAAUUUAUUCAAUCACUCUCCUAUGUAUGGGUUUUUACAUUGUUUAUAUUAUUUUGAAAUUAUACACUAUCAUCAGCAAAUAAUAUUACACACAUAUAUUUUUGUGGAGGAAAAUUCCUAGAAAUGAGAAGGUAGUGUUCAUGCUAAUUGCAUAUGUAGCUUUGUUUGAUAUUGCCAAAUUCCCCUUCAGAAGGUUUUUGCCAGUUUUCAUUUCCAUUGGCAGUGUAUCAGAGUGCCUAUUUCCCCAAAGUCUAAGCAACAGAAUAUAUUGCCAUGCCAUACAUUUUAAUUUUCACCAAACUGAUAGGUGAUAAGUAGCAGGUCGGUAUUGUUUAAUUUGUAUUUUUCUGAUUUUGAGUGAAUUUGAAAUGUUUUAAUAUGUUUAAAGGCCAUUUUUAUAUCUUUUAAUAAUUGUCGGUUAAUGUUUUUUCCCCUU